UGCCAGGAAGCGCAGAGGCGGGCAACUCCGUGCCAUGGCUGAGCCAUCCCGAACGGCCGAUCCUCUGCCCCGCGGCAAGCAGUAACGUAGCCAGCCCCGCCAGCCCCAGGUGGGGGAGGGACGCCCAGCUCCACCCCAGGAUGCCGUUUGGCUGCAUCGGACUGCGGGAUGAAAAGAAUUACAACAGCCUUUCUGACAUCACCGACAAGUAUGAGAUUGGACAGCUGCUACGAGCGAAGGAAUUCUGUGAGAUCUGUGUGGCCCGUGAACGACAAACAGACAGGCUGUACAUCUGCAAGAAAUUUCUCAAGAAAGAUGGACGCAAAGUGCGAAGAGCAGCCAAGAAUGAAAUCUUCAUCCUAAAAAUGGUCAAUCACCCCAAUAUCUUACAACUGAUUGACACAUUUGAAACGAGGAAGGAAUUCUACAUUAUCCAAGAACUGGCUACUGGCGGCGAUGUUUUUGACUGGAUCCUAGACCAGGGCUACUACACCGAAAAGGAUGCCAGCAAUGUUGUGCGGCAAGUGCUGGAGGCAUUAGCUUAUUUACAUAAUCUGCACAUUGUUCACCGCAAUCUAAAGCUGGAGAAUCUUAUGUACUACAACCAGAAUAACCGCUCAAAAGUGGUUCUGCGGGAUUUCUAUCUCUCACGCUUUGAGAAUGGUGCCAUCACAGACCCAUGUGGGACCCCUGAAUACUUAGCUCCUGAAGUGGUUGCUCGGCAACGCUAUGGACGUCCUGUAGACUGCUGGGCUGUCGGAGUUAUCAUGUUUAUUCUGUGA